AUGAGUGCCGAGUGGGUUCAGUUAGGAAAAGGCAAAAAAGGCCUUCCUGUUUACUACCGAAAGAAAGAGAUCUACACCAUGCAAUGGGAUGAUGACCACAUCAAUCUUUCGGAAUGUUUGAUCGCUGCAGCAAAUUUCGGAGGCCCAAUUGCUCUCACCCGUGAUCCUAAAAAACUAUUAAGAUUUAAAGGAACAGAUACUAAACAAUAUGUUUAUGUGUUUGCCAGCUCCGGAAAGAGAAUAUCAAAGUUUGAGUGGAAUGCACAAUUAAACAAGUCUCUCCAAUAUAUGGGAUGGACACACGAUGAAUCUUUAAUAUGUGUAACAGAAGAUGCACAUGUGUUUGUUUUUGAUAUUUUUGGUAAACAAUUACUUCAGUUCGGAUUUGUGGAAGAGGUGAAAAAUGCUGGAAUACUUAAAAUCAAACAUUGGGAAACUGGUGUUGCAAUCCUUACAAAAGAUUUCAAGAUUUGGGUGGUCUCUGAUUUAGAUGCCCCAUUUUGUGAGCAAUUUGCACCCAUGAAUCUUUCAACUCUUGAUUUUAAUGACGAACAGGAAAUUGGAAUGUGUAUAUUACAACCAAGUGUUACAGUAUCUGGAGAUUUGGAAAUAGUCAUCAGUGUCCCACAGAGCCCUACUGUUUUCAUUGUCACUUCUGAUGAAUGUCAUGACGUUGGAUUGGAUAAUGGGCCUUUUCCGAAAAUAUGUGCAUCUCCUUCGGGAGAAGCUUUGGCAACCUUUAAUGAAUCAGGAUCUCUCUGGGUUGUAAAAUCUGAUUUUACUGACAAGCAUGCUGAAUUUGAUACGAAUGGAUCUUCCAAUCCUCCUACACAAAUUGCUUGGUGUGGAGAGGACAGUGUUUGCUUAUAUUGGGAACAAUUGAACAAUAGAGAAGGAAAUGUGUCUCUCUUGCUCAUGAUUGGCCCCAAUGGAGAUUACAGCACCUUUCACUAUGAAAGUCCAAUUCAUCUCGUAACAGAAUUUGAUGGUGUUAGAGUUAUUACGAAUGAUUCGUGCGAAUUUUUACAGAGAGUUCCAGAAGCCAACUUUGAUAUUUUCAAAAUUGGCUCUCUCACUCCUUCGGCUAUGCUUUACGAUGCCUACAUGGAAUUUGAAAAGAAAAAUGCUUCCUCCAUUAAGAAUAUUCGAUCCAUUAAGGCCAACCUCAAGCCUGCAGUGAAGGCAUGUCUUGAAGCAUCAGCUAACGAGUUCAACCCUUCACUUCAAAAAUCACUGCUUCGUGCUGCUUCCUAUGGUAAAUCAUUUUGUGACGACUUUGACCACACAGAAUUUGUGAAUACAUGUAAAAUGUUAAGAGUAAUGAAUGCAGUCAGAGAUCCCUCAAUAGGUAUUCCCAUCACUUUGGAACAAUACAAGAGAUUAACUCCAAAAGUACUCAUCGAUCGACUGGUAAAUAGAAUGCAACAUUUACUUGCAUAUAGGAUUUGUACCUAUCUUAAAAUUAAGCCAAACAGCGUUUUAGUCCAUUGGGCAUGCUCAAAAGUACUUUCCAACGAAGAUGACAACAUCAUACUAGAAUCCAUCGACAAGAAACUUUCAGAAUGUGAAGGUAUUCCAUUUUCUAGCGUAGCUUCUACAGCAUACAGUGUAGGCAAAAAGAACUUGGCUAUUCAAUUAUUAGAACGAGAGGAAAGAGCGAGCGAGCAGGUCCCACUACUUUUAAACAUGGGAGAAACAAAGAACGCUCUCAGAAAGGCAAUCAUAAGUGGUGAAACAGAUUUGGUUUAUCUUGUUCUUCUUCAUAUGAAGAAAAAUAUGGAAGUCUCACACUUUUUCUCAAUCAUCAAUGAAAAAGGUUUUCGUGUUGCCCGUAAUCUGCUUGUAACAUAUUGCAAGGAACAAGACAUUGAUUUCCUCAAAGUUUUCUUCCAUGCAUUAGACAAACAAGAAGAAGCAGCAGCCAUGAAUGUUUUGGAAUCUUUUGCCUAUGAAGAUGAGCCGCAAGCUCAUAAAAAGAUUCUGAAUCAAGCCAAAGAACUCUACAAUAAGAAGAAAGACUACCAAUUAGACAGUAAGCUUUGUGAGGAACAAAUCAAACUAUUGCAAAUGCAAAGAGAUUUCGAUAAGAACCAACCUUCUCCUGUAUUUGUCGGUCUUUCUGUGAGCGACACUAUUUACCAUUGUUUACUAACAGGAAAUAAGCAAUCAAAGAGGGUCAAAAAGGAAUUCCAAGUGUCAGACAAAAAAUAUUGGUGGAUUAAGAUUGCGGCCCUAUCCAAGUUAGGAAAGUGGAACAAACUUGAAAAGUUUUCAAAGAAAAAAUCACCUGUUGGUUAUCGACCUUUUGUGGAGGCAUGUUUGCAGCAGAAAAACACUGUUGAAGCAUUGAAAUAUAUUCCCAGAGUGAGUGACACUUGGGAGAGGGUUGAACUCUAUGUAGAACUGCAGUGUUUCAAAGAGGCGAUUGAAACAGCAUUUGCUCAAAAAGAUCCAGACAUGCUUCGAUGGAUUAGAACCAAAACACAACAUUCUCAAACGAAAGCUACCAUUGAUGACUUGUUGUCCAAACUUUAG